AUGCGGAUCGCUCGCCGCCGGAUCGCUGCGCGUGCCGCGCAGCGCGCCGUCGCGCAGAUUGACGGCCAGCCCGUGCUCAUCCACAACACGGCGCGGCACUACUACGACUCGAUCGAGCUCGCAGCGGGUGCGACGCGCUCCGGGAGUGGGAUCGGCGAGGUCGGCGACGUGACUGGCUUUCGCGUGUGGGAGUCUGCGCCGCUCGCCAUCGCCCACCUCGAGCGGCGCCGGGCCUCAAUUGUGUGCGGCCGGUCGGUCAUCGAGCUGGGCGCCGGCACGGGCGCCGUGGGCCUCUCUGCUGCGGCGCUGGGAGCCAAACACGUCGUGCUCUCCGACGCCGACUCGGUCGUGACGCUCGCCGCCGGGCCGGGCGAGCGGGAGGAGCGCAGCCGGCUCGAGUCGCUCGCUGAGAAUGCGAGGCUCAACGGAGAGCGGGCCGCGGCGGUGAGCGUCGCGCCCUGUCGCUGGGGCGACGCCGCGCACCUCGCCGACCUCGCCGGGCGCUGGCCUGAAGGCUUCGACACCGUCGUCGCCUCGGACGUGCUCUACUCGCCGCGAUCGUACGCCGCCCUCGGCGCGACGAUCCGCGCUCUGGCCGGCGCCGACGCGACGGUGGUCCUCGCGUUUCCGGAGAGGCACGGCGGGGAGGCGCGGCGCGGCGCAACAGCGCGCGCGGUGGGGCCUCUGGAGCGGGCCCCGCUAAAGGUCACGUGCCCCGACGCCUCAGGCACGCUUCGUGGAGGGGCUCGCGCCGGCCUUUGCGUUGCGUCCAGCGAGACGCUCGCUAACACGCUCUAG